GGGGAAAAGCGACCUGCUGCAGUGGACAUCUCGAAGAAACCCAAAACACCAAAGAAGAAGAAGCGAAAGGACCCCAACGAGCCGGUGAAGCCAGUGUCGGCCUACGCCUUGUUCUUCAGGGACACCCAGGCCAACAUCAAGGCUCAGAACCCCAACGCCACCUUCGGAGAGGUGUCAAAGAUCGUGGCCUCCAUGUGGGACGGCCUGGGAGAGGAGCAGAAACAGGUGUACAAGAAGAGGACAGAAACGGCUAAGAAAGAAUAUCUGAAACAGCUGGCUGCCUACAGAGCCAGCCUCGUCUCACAGAGUUACAGCGACCCCUCCGAGAUGAAAGCCCCUCACUCUGCCUCCAACUCCUCCCCCUCACCUACCUCAAUGUUCACACCCAAACCCUCAGUGUAUCCCGGCCACCCAGGUCCGCACUCUUCCCCCAGCUCAAUCUCCUCCCACCCCCACUCUCUCCCGUCCCACCAGCACCCGGGCAUGUACAUGUCAUACCCGCACCCCUCACACCCCUCUCACUCCUCCAGCCCCGGCCUCGGCCCGCACAUACCCCCUCCCCACCACCAGAUCCAUACCCAACUUCAGGCUCUGUCCUCCAGAGGGACGGUGCCGCGGGCCAGCGUCCCCCACCAGGGAGCCCUGUCCCUGGGGAAUGUGGCAGCAGCUUCUACCCCUCCUCUCCAGGUCAGCCCCCCCCUCCAUAGUCAGGCGCACCUGGGCGGCCUGCACAGCCCGCACCAUCAGCACCAGCAUCUCGGCGGACACUCUCUGGGAAUGACACACUCCCCUGCAAUCACACAGGGCUACCAUCCUUCACUCCAGUCUGACUACCAGUCAAUGGGCGGAGCGAUGCUGAAUAGUGGAGCAGUAAUGUCUCCAUCAGUGGACUACCACCAGCUGGGCCGCCACACACCAAACCACCACCCUUCCUUGGACUGGAGCACUGAAUACCAUGGCAACGGUCUUCAGAGAGACAAACCGCUGUAUCUGAGCUAAUCUCGGGACAAAACGGCACCAAAUAUGGACCCUUAUACUGCCACAACGGGAACUCCAGCACUGAGUCGGGCCUGGUUCUCACUUAACGCCCAAUCAAAUCUCCAAACACGAAACGGACUCGCAGUGGACUUGUCAUCAAAGUGUGAACUAAAACUUGAAUUCAGCACUUAAAAGAAAAAAACAAAAACAAAACAAAACCCCAAGAAGAAGAAAAACCGAAUGAGUUUGUAUAUAUUACUACUAUCUCUUUAAAGUAUAGCAGUGUUUACAAUGUGGCAUAAGCGUCUGUUAAUGGCUGUAUCACUCACUGCGUAAUUGUUCCCAUUUCUGCUGAAAAUAAGAGUGAGUGGAAAGAGGUGGGUAGAUCCUGUGCUGUGAACCACGCGGACUGGUGUACAUACCCCCCAACAUUUGAAUAUUUUCUGUCUUCGCAGAAGUUUUUCAUACCUAGUUUCUUGUUUCUACUGAGGACGGUGAUUAUAAUCAGCGCCAGGAGGUUCUGUAGUAGGUCAUGUGUAAAUUGCUGUAACAUAAUUGGUUAAAAGGAAAAAUUUAAAGCCAGCCUUUGUUUUUUUCUUUUUUCUUUUUUUUCCUUUGAGCUGAAAGUUGCUGUGUUUUCUUUGCGGUCAAAGCCAAAAGAAGCACAGCAUUAAAAACGUAACAAUAUAAACCAAAUAUUACUCCGGUUGUGUUUCCCUCCUCUGACUCUUUGCUUAAAUGAUGAACUCCCACAGGUUUGGGUGACUCUGAAAAGGGAAGACAUUGAUUAAAACCCCAGUUUAUGUUGCUUUUUUAAAGAUAAACAGAAGAACCCUCCCCCCUGCCAGGCUCUAAAUGUGAAUAAAUGUCUAAGAUGAAAGGAUUUUCAUUGUUCUCUUGAAGAAAUCUGAAAUAUUUUAGUCCCUGAGAUGAUAAAAUGUUAAACAUUUCCUGUUGAUAAAAGAAGUACUCCUUUGUAUGAAGCCAGCUUUUCCUCCUGGCAUAUGUCUGUCGAUAAUACGGAUUUGGAUCCAAGCAAGUGUGAGUGUGUGAGGUGUUAAUAAGACCGCAGAGUGGCUGACUGGUUUGCAUGGUCUCUUUUAUCAUCUCUAUUUCUCUGUGCUCAGAGACUAUUUAAAAAAAAAACAACAAAAAA